ACUCCAACCAAACAAAUGCCUGUCUCGCUGCUAUCUUCCUCUCCCACGCUCGCCCCCAACUUCGCCUCCGACCUCUCCAAAUCUGUCUCUCAUCCGCCUCCGAGUCAUCUUGGAUCCAUGGAUUCUUCUUCUCGAGAUCCCUCUCUUCUUCCUCCUCUGCCACCAUCAAUCCCGUCCCGACGAAGAAGAGGAGGCCGAUGCCGCGAAGACUGCCCCUCCGCCGCCGUGGCGGCGACGGGCGGAGGCCUGGGCCCAGGACGCCGGCCCAUGUGAUUGAUAGAUGGUGGACGAUGGGACCUGCCCUUCUUCCCAUGUCAAUACAAUCACUCCGUCAAGCUGCCGAUCAUUACAACAAGUUGCGAUCUCCAGUACUGGUGAUUCAGAUUCUUGUGCAUUUCAAUUAUGCUGGCAGAUGUAGUUUGCUGGAGUUUUAUUACGUUUGUAUGCAAGCCUAUUCAAAUAGAAACCACACGCCGUGCCUUCUUUCAGGACUUUAUACUCGAUACCAAAGCAGGAUUGAUCAGCACAAGUUGCUGCUCGGAUCUGAGGAGCGAACGACCAUGGCGAAAUUAGAGAUUGAUAGAAUUCGUCGCCGAGCAAGCUUUGGGUUCCGCUACCAGGAAACCUACGUACUCACCAAUUCGCUGCGCAAAACCCAGUUUUUAGAUCUCAUUUGAUGUAGGGAAGUUAUCUCUUACUCCUGAGGAAGGGAAUGGAGGGAGAAUAUCGAAGAGAUCAGAGCAUAUCUCUACUGAUCAUCGUAGUCGUCGCCGUCCUGUCUCUCGUCUCCCUUACCCUCGCCUUCAGCUAUUACUGCUACAUUAGCAACAAAGUUGCCAAGCACCUCGAGUCCCUCAGCAAAUCGCCGAAGGAGGAGAGGGAAAAGGCGGCGCCUUUGAGCGGCAGUCGCAGCGGCGAAGAAGCGCCGGUGGUUGUGAGUGAGAGAGGUGUGCAGGUGUUCACAUACAAGCAGCUCCACUCCGCCACCGCGGGGUUCGGGAAGGGAAAUGUGGUGAGCCAUGGAAGCUCUGGGGCCGUGUACAGGGGAGUGCUCGCCGACGGGCGCGAGGUUGCCAUGAAGAUCAUGGGCCGGCCCGGGAUGCCGGGGGAGGAGGAGUUCAAGUUGGAGGUGGAGUUGCUGACGCACCUUCGUUCCCCAUAUCUGCUGAUGCUGAUAGGGCACUGCUCGGAUGGCGGCCACCGCAUUUUGGUGUAUGAGUUCAUGGCUAACGGUGGCCUUCAGGAACAUCUGUAUCCUCGAGGAGAGUUUGGCACUACAGGUUAUUGUGGUGGAACUUCGAAAUUGGACUGGCAAACUCGACUCAGGAUAGCCCUUGAAGCUGCGAAAGGUUUGGAGUACCUUCAUGAGCAUGUCACUCCGCCUGUCAUUCAUAGAGACUUCAAAACCAGAAAUAUUCUUCUGGACCAAAAAUUCCAUGCCAAAGUUUCAUAUUUUGGCUUGGCAAAGCUUGGAUCUGAGAUAGCUGGAGGCCAUGUUUCCAAACGCAUUUUAGGCACACAGGGAUAUGUUGCCCCAGAGUAUGCUUUAACUGGGAAUUUGACUACCAAAUCAGAUGUAUACAGUUAUGGAGUUGUUCUAUUGGAGCUGCUAACCGGUCGAGUUCCUGUGGAUAUGACUAGGCCUCCCGGGGAAGGUGUUCUUGUAUCAUGGGCUCUGCCUUUGCUCAGUGACAGAGAAAAUAUUGUUCAGAUCAUGGAUCCUGCAUUGGAAGGCCAGUAUUCUGUGAAGGAUGCUGUUCAGGUUGCUGCCAUUGCAGCCAUGUGCGUGCAGGCAGAAGCUGAUUACAGGCCUUUAAUGGCUGAUGUGGUCCACUCACUCCUUCCUCUCGUGAGGAAGAGAUCAUCUGCCAAACACUUCUGAGUAUUUGUGAGCCAAUUCCUGAAGUGGAAUCCUAAGCCAAAUCUGUCAUGUCUUGCUUCAAGUUUAAGUUAGAACCCUCCUCGGCAUCCAAGUCUUUGUUUAACCUCAAACCUGAGUUGAUGAGCAAUUGAGAUCCAUUUAGCUGUACGCAAGUAUUUGUUUAACCUCAAACCUGAGUUGAUGAGCAAUUGAGAUCCAUUUAGCUGUACGUUAGGGGCAUUGCCAGCACCUGUGGUAAUGGCUAAGAAAAGUUCUCCCGUUUGGCUCCUUUAAAUAAAUAUAAACUU